AAGCAAGCAUAGACUUUAAACUAUUGCCUUCAAACAAGUCAGUUGAAAAUUCUAUUUAACAAAUGCCUAAAAAAGUAAUCACAAGGCGCCAGCGAAAAGCUGUUGAAGAAUCCCAGCGACAGUUAGAAAAGAAAGAAAAACCAACAUGUAAGCAUGCAAAUAAGAUGCCGAAGAAGAGUCCGAACGAAGUGCAAACAUCAUCAACCAUCAAACAGGCACAAGACUCUUCAAUGAAUACAACUACAGAGCAGGCAACUGGAGAUUCCAAAUCUGCUGAUGCAGUUAAGGCUGAAUCCGGGAAGAGUUUCUUAGUCAAAACACUUACCCGCAGAGCAGUGGAGUCUUUUAGCAAACUCCAAAAGCUAACGCAAGCAUUAAAUAAAAGAACAUCGAAUAAAGAACCGGCUGGAAAGGGACCUAGGCCAAAGAAUGCGGCGUCUACUGUGCAAAUUGAUUUCACUAUGAAAACUGAGAGCAGAUGCACGGGUACGGGUAUAAGUGAUAAAUGUAAAUGCCUAUUUUGCCAAGCAUUUUAUAAAAGAUUUAAUGGAAGCCCAAGACUUAACCAUCCAGCAAAGCCACCAAGCAAACCCAAAUCAAAGCUCACUGUAAUCAAGGAGCAACAUGAAAAUGAGCUGGCUAACACGUCUGCCAGGACCAGGACUAUUCCAGAUGCUCCAAAGGCCACUUUUCAAGUUCUCCAGGACUUGCCACCUAUACGGCAUAUAGGCAACACUGGCUACUUUAUUAUAAGCGGCAACGAUGAACAGUUGGAAGUCGGUCUCAACAAAUUGAUUGCCCAAAAUGCAACAUUGGAGAGCUACGUGCUUAUACAACCAUAUCAUAAGAAGUUUGAGCAGCAGCUGGAGGAGCUUGAAUUGAAGCAUGCACAAAUAUUGCAGAACAUGCAUAAAAAGCAUGAGAUGUUGGCGCCAAGACGUCAAAGAAUCCUAAAGCUAACAUAAAUACACAAUCAAAUGCUUAUGUUCAAAUAGAAAUAUGUAUAUUAAUAAAUCCACGUGCAUGGGCGUCAACCCGAUUUGAUUUGAAAUUUGGCGCGCAUCGCUCAACAAGUUGGCAACGCCAGCGCUGCACCACCAAAUUUGUAGCACAAAAGAGAACCGCAAAAAGCAGCGUGGCACGUUUUUUUUGGUCAAGCAACAUGCUGCCGCUCUGCCGCACACUAUAUGUUGCAUUUACACUUAGC